GGCAAUGGUGCUUUGGCCUAUCUUGAAGUUUUUCGAAACCUAGGAUGCUUGAACCUUUUGCGGCAGCACACAUACAGGGAAGAGUAUGACUACUCUUACUUGGAUGCAUUCCAAGGUACCGAGGCGCAAAUAAUGGCUCGAGUUGAUGGUUGUGUGCAGAGGCUUCGGGAGGUGCUCAUGUGUUUGGGCGACACAACACCAUAUCUAAUCAUGUUGACUCCAGAAAAAGCUCAGAAAGAGUCGCCUGAUUUUAACACAUUGCAUAAUUGCCGCAAUUUUGAUAAAAUUCUAGAAUGGACGAAGGAGAGAGAGAGUCCUACGCUGCAUAAGCUGCCAAAUUUGUAUAGCCUUAGCCGUGAGUAGUUAAAAUUGUUUAGGCAGAGAACUAGCCUUACUGACAUCGUCUGCAAAAAAUAAAUAAAUCUA